UUGGGCGUUGCCCUGAAAGGGCAGCCCAAUAAUAAACUCGGCCUCAAGGCUGCAUCUUGUUUAAUACGCAGCAGGUAUCAUCAACAAACGUUCUUAAACUAGCGUUUUUCUGCUUUUAAGCCAUUUCGUUUAUUUAAAUAAAUAAAAAAAUAACUCAAGUAAAUAAACUUUAUUGGCUGACAAAAUUCCCGUUGGACCCACUAGUUCAUACGGUGGGCCAAAAAAAGUGAAAAAAGACUAUUUUAAUUUAUUAUACGUUGUAAAACAUAUCAUCAUGAGAAGUUAAGCCAUUGCUGUUAAGGCACCAUCUAAGAAUCAGCGCUCUGUGUACGACUAUAUUAGAGGGGACUUUGAUGAUCUUCGGUCUUCGCUACGUGCCGCAAAUUUGGCGAAUUUUGUUUCUAAUGACGAUGCUAACAUAAACGUCGACUGGCAUAACUGGAAAGACGCUCUUUUGGCGGCUGUAAAGGAUCAUAUUCCAAAGAAGAAACUCAAGGGAAGGUAUCCAGUACCUUGGAUAAAUGGGCCCAUAAUUAAUUUUAAAAAAAGAAAAAGGAAUCCACGCGUAAGUCCAUCAAGCUAUUUGAGGCCAAAGUUUAGAGACCUGCGUUCUGCGGUCAAGUGUAGAAUACGCGAGGCACGUGACUCUUUUUUUCGGAAAUGGAAUCAGUAUUCAGAUCUAAUCCAAAACGCUUCUGGUUUACCCUAAAAUUAAAAUCGAAACACCGGAAUGUAUCAGGAGUGAUAUCCACAGCAGCUGAGGAUGGGAGACGUAUUUCAGCAACCUCGUCCAGCAAAAUUGUUAAGUUAUUCAAUCAGUACUUUGUGUCAGUCUUCACACAAGAUGCUGACAUUUGCCGUCCUGAUUGCGUGGAUGAAGUCCAUCCUAAUCCAGAGCUAUGUGACUUGACAUUUACAACCAAUCAAGUCCAGCUGUUUGUCUAG